CAUGACCAGGGAUAUAUACCGAUGGAGACGGGCUUGGUCCCAAUUUCCAAAAGGAGCGUUGAGCCCCCGAUCAGACAACUCAGCCCAACCGUGGUAGGGGGUCUGAAAGAGUCAUGGGUCAUCCUGGGAUCCAGAUGUGGACAUGGAAACUGUGUGUCUUCUUGAGCUGGAUGUGCGUGGGCCAAGCGGCGGCAGGACCGCAGUACAUGGUAGCCAUUCCUGCAGUUCUUGAAUCUGGCGCUGAGACCAAAUUCUGUGCCAGUCUCCUGGAGCCCAGCGAGACUCUGGAAAUGAGCGUCACUCUGAUGUCAGAAGAGGCGAAUACAACCCUUCUGGAGAAGACCUCCAGUAUAGAAUUUCAUACCUGCAUUGAAUUUAAGGUUCCUUUAGUGCAGGAUGAAGUGGUGCAGAACUUUGAGGUGGAGGUACGAGGCGACACAUUCUACUCUAAAGAAGUCCGAAAAGUUCUAAUCAAAGUCUAUCAACCAAUGACCUUCAUCCAAACGGAUAAACCGAUCUACCUCCCAGGACAAACGGUGCAUUUCAGAGUCAUCACACUGGAUACCAAGUUAAGACCUGUCAAUCAGCUGUACGAUCUAAUUGCAAUGGAGGAUUCUAACAGCAACAGGAUUGGCCAGUGGCUGAAUGAAACCUCCUCCAAUAGGAAGAUAUUGCAGCUUUCUUACACCUUGAACUCUGAGGCCCGUGAAGGAGCCUACCAAGUUACUGUGUCGAUUGGGUCCGCUAAAAUACAACACAGCUUCAAGGUGGAAAAAUAUGUUUUGCCUAAAUUUGACCUACAAAUAAAUGCACCUGAUGAAGUAAGUAUUGAUCAGGAAGAAGUCAAAGCUGAAGUCUGUGCAACGUAUACAUACGGACAGCCUGUGCCAGGCAGUGUUGACUUGAAGGUGUGCCGACCUCUUGAUGCCUAUGUUAUACCCCGUCCAAUCACCCCUGAACAUCCAGAGGGAAUCGAUGUAAUCCCGAUGCCUUGCUACAAGGAGACAAAGCAGACGGACAAGAGAGGCUGUGCCGCUUUCAGCUUCGCAAUGUCAACUUUCACAAGAAUUGCGCAGAAGGCUCUGCAAGAUGUACUGCAACUCAGUGCAAAUAUGGAAGAGGAGGGGACAGGGAUUUCACGCUCCCAAGAGAAGACUACGGUGAUUUCUUAUGUUGUUGGAAAGCUGUCUUUCACCGACACUCCCAAGAUUUAUAACCAAGGAUCAAAUGUGGAAGGAAAAGUUAAAGCGGUUUAUUACAAUAAUACGCCCAUUCCUGCCAUGCCGGUGUUCCUGUUUGAGGGUGAAAGGUGGUCAUCGCGUUGGUUACAGAAUCUCACAACCGACAGUGAUGGCGUCGCCACUUUCUCAUUGAGCACAGCUGCCUUUAAAGGAGACGUCCACUUACAAGUAAGAAGUAGAAACUACAAUCUGUAA